AUGCUUUUAAUUUCGAAUUACACCACGGAAACAACAACCACCGUUACUACCGAACCUAGUCCUAGUCCAGAACCAGAUGUAGCAGAUGAUUCAAAAUACCUAGUUGUUCCUUUAGUUGUGAUAGUUUUUGUUAUUAUUUUAACGUUACUGGUAUACUUGAUGGCGAAACGAAGAAAGUACAUUAUAUUGAAGAAAAAUAUUCUGAGUCUGUACGAAUUUGAUGCGAAUGAACAAGAAUGGGAAUCUCUAACAAACAGUUACGAUCAAUAUCAUAAUUACACUAACGAAGCGACGAGCUCGGUCUGA